AUGAUGCUUGUCACGACUAGGUCUGGAAAGGUUUCUGAUAUAGUGCGUACGACAUACCGCUUUCUAUUAGAGGGUUUGAAGGACGAUGUCUUUUGGUGUUUCUUCAAACUAUGUGUGUUUGGAUCUGAUAGCUCCAACAAUAAUCCUGAGUUGGAACGGAUUGGUGAGCAAAUACUCCCAAAGUUGGAAGGUUCUCCUUUAGCUGCAAAAACCCUUGGACGGCUGCUAGGAUCGAGCCUUGACCCAGCACAUUGGAAUGUGAUUCUUAACAGUCAUCUAUGGGAGCUUCCACAGAAGGGCACUGACAUUUUGCCAGCUCUUCGGUUGAGCUACAUGUAUUUACCAUUCCAUUUAAAGAGAUGCUUCUCAUUCUGUGCUGUGUACUCAAAGGUUUACAAUUUUGUAAAGGAAGAUUUAGCCGAAAUUUGGGUGGCAGAAGGCUUUGUGGAACCUGAACAUAACAUUCCACUUCAAACUGGCUGCAAAUACUUUGAAGAACUUGAAUCUUUCAUUCUUUCAGAAACUUCGUGGGAAAUAUAUAGUAUUAGCAACAUGAAGAAUCUCCGGUGCCUUAAAGUCUUGGGUUCUUGCUAUUUCAAGAGCAUUCCUGCAGCAUUAUGUAGCCUCUAUAAUCUGGAGCUAUUAUGUGCUAGGAAAUCCAGAUUUGCUGGAGUACCUGGAGGCUUUAGUAACCUUAUCAAUCUACAAAAGUUUAAAUCGAAAUAUCUUGGCAUUGAUGCUGCAAUGGGGAAUGGAAAGGGCAUUAGGUUGCUAAAUAAUUUUAAUCUAAUCACUGGAGUUUUGUCUAUACAUAAUCUUUGUGAAAUAAGCAAGGAUGAGGCAGCAGAAAUUGAACUUAUGAAGGACUAUAUUUCUAGUCUGCAUCUGGUAUGGUCUAAACAGACAUGGGAUAAGCUGGGACCUCCAAAGCACAAUGAGAUAGAAGUGUUUGAAGCAUUACACCCUCCCACCAAUAUCAAAUCUGUGCACCUCUAUUGUUAUCCAGGUGAAUACCUUCCAAGCUGGUUUCGUGGUUCUGACCCUACCGUGUUGUCAUCGUUAACAGAGAUAUCGUUUGAAAACUGCCGGAGGUUAUCAAGCCUUGAACUGUUUCUGGACCCAGCUUAUAUGCCUGCCAUCAAGAAAAUGAGGGUUGGUAGUUGUGUAAGUUUGGAGUCUGUACCAAUAGAAAGGUUUGGGAAUUUGCAUUCCCUUGAAGCACUGCACGUGUCGAAGCGUCCAAAGAUGAACUCACGGCGUCUGCUGGCCCCGUACCUAAAGACGCUUCAUUUGCAUGAUUCUGGGAGUUUUGGAGAUGAUAUUGAUUGCAUUUCCCUUACUACCUUUAUCUUAUCAAGCAGUCAUCGGGCAUCUUUUACAUUUAUUAGAGAAUCUGAACCAAUAUCCACUAGCGCUUCACAUGGCAGCGUUGAAGAAAAGUUCCCGCUACUCACCUUCCUAGCCAUUCGAUCCUGCUUCCAGCUAGAGACUCUUCGUCAUGGGAGUUUUUCUUGUCUGGAGAACCUGGCCAUUGAGUCCUGCCCACGUCUAAAAUGGCAAAGUGAAAUGGUGUUACCAUCGUCCCUCCAAGAGCUCACCCUUACGGAUUGUGGGGAUUUGUCUGCCUGGUUUCCUAGGUGCCUGGAGAAGUUCACAUCCCUCAAAUCACUGAAGAUGGAUAAAUGCAAACACAUAGAGUACAUUCCACGUGGCCUGUGGAUCAGUAAUCUCAAAUCACUCCAGGAAUUAAAGAUUACGAAUUGUGAAGACCUUGUAUCAAUUGGUGCAUCAGAAGGGAUUGCACACAUACCAAAAGUGUGGAUUGAAAACUGUACAAAGUUGGAGGAGGUGCAGCAGCCGCUGAGGAGAGGCUAUUCAUGGUAG